CUCACAGCCCCCCAGAAAGCCUUCCACAUCGCCAAUGAGCUGCUUCAGACAGAAAAGGCUUACGUCGCCCGGCUGCACCUGCUGGAUCAGGUGUUCUGUGCCCGUCUCCUGGAGGAAGCGCGCAGCAGAAGCUCUUUCCCCGGCGACGUGGUGAUGGGGAUUUUCUCCAACAUCUGUUCCAUCUACUGUUUCCAUCAGCAAUUCCUGCUGCCGGAGCUGGAGAAGCGCAUGCAGGAAUGGGACAGGCACCCCCGCAUCGGGGACAUACUGCAGAAGCUGGCGCCGUUUCUCAAGAUGUACGGGGAGUACGUUAAGAACUUCGACCGCGCCAUGGAGCUUGUCAACACCUGGAUGGAGCGAUCCGCCCACUUCAAGCUGAUCGUCCACCAGAUCCAGAUGGAGGAGGCCUGUGGGAAUCUCACCCUGCAGCACCACAUGCUGGAACCCGUCCAGAGGAUUCCCCGUUACGAGCUUCUGCUCAAGGAUUAUCUGCAGCGCCUGCCCCCCGGCGCCCCGGACAGCCGGGACGCAGAGAGUGAGUGGGGCGCUGGGGUGUCCUGGGGGCCUGGCUGGGGGGCUCUGU